AUGCCUCAGAAAGAAAGCUGCCCUAAGGGCUACUCACAGGUUCCUCAGACGAACCAAGAGGCAUCUGUUCACGUUCGCAGCAGCACCAAGAGCAAGAAUGCCUUUGACUUCACCUUCGAAGCCGUUCGCCCCAACCUUUUCCGCGCCACUUUCUCGUCCGCAGAGCACCCCAUUCCCCCUUACCCGAGCGUGACCAAGCCCGAGACAAACCUGCAGGGCGCCAAUGUCUCCGCCAAGGAGAGCGCUUCCUCCAAGACAUUCGACGUCGCCGGCGUCACUGCGUCAGUGGACUGGGAGCACACUCCCGUAGUCAAGAUCUCAUGGACUGGCUCCGAGAAGCCCCUACAUGCAGAUCUGCCCCUGCGAUCUUUCGUCGCAGACGGCGAGGGUAUUGCCAACUACUCUGUCCAUGACCGCGAGUGCCUCCAUGUCGGACUCGGCGAAAAGGCGGCCCCCAUGGACUUGAGUGGCCGUCAAUUCCAGCUCUCAGCCACAGACUCGUUUGGAUACGAUGUUUACAACACCGAUCCUCUAUACAAGCACAUUCCACUCUUGAUCAAAGCCUCGCCGGAGGGAUGUGUGGCGAUUUUCUCAACAACUCAUGGCCGCGGCCUGUGGUCUGUGGGAGCUGAGAUCGACGGCCUCUGGGGACACUUCAAGGUGUAUCGCCAGGACUACGGUGGUCUUGAGCAGUACUAUAUUGUCGGCAAGACCAUCAAGGAUGUGGUUCGCUCAUAUGCCGAGCUAGUCGGUUUCCCGCUUCUCGUGCCUCGCUGGGCUUACGGCUACAUCUCCGGUGGUUACAAGUAUACCAUGCUGGAAGAGCCGCAGAAGGCGCACUUGGCUCUUUUGGAGUUCGCUGAGAAACUCAAGCACCAUGGCAUCCCUUGCUCGGCUCAUCAGAUGAGCUCUGGGUAUUCUAUUGCGGCUACUGAGCCCAAGGUUCGCAACGUCUUUACGUGGAACUACGAGCGUUUCCCAGAUCCUCAGGACUGGAUUUCAAAGAUGCACCAGCAUGGUAUCCGACUGAUCACCAACAUUAAGCCUUUCUUGCUGGCUUCCCACCCUGAAUUCAAGAAGCUUGUCGAUGCCGGUGGUUUCUUCAAAGACGCGGACAAGGAGCCUGGAUACAUGCGACUGUGGAGUGCUGGUGGGGCUACCGGUGGUGACGGGGCUCAUAUCGAUUUCACCUCCGCAGAAGCCUUCAAGUUCUGGUAUGAUGGUGUCCAGAGCCUCAAGAAAGUCGGUAUCGACGGUAUGUGGAAUGACAACAAUGAAUAUACCUUACCCGACGAUGAUUGGACCAUGUCUCUCAACGAGCCAACCGUGGCCGAUGCAGCAGCAAAGAAUGUCAAGAACUCAGUUGGUCUCUGGGGUCGCGCGCUCCACACAGAGUUGAUGGGCAAAUCUUCACACGAUGCCUUGCGAGACAUGGAGCCCAAGCAGCGUCCUUUCGUCUUGACACGCAGUGCUACUGCUGGAACUCUGCGCUACGCCGCGUCUUCCUGGAGUGGUGACAACGUCACUAGCUGGGAGAACAUGAAGGGUGCGAACGCCCUCUCUCUCAAUGCCGGCAUGUCUCUCCUCCAGUGUGAAGGUCACGACAUUGGCGGAUUCGAGGGUCCCCAGCCCUCUCCAGAGCUUCUCCUACGCUGGGUCCAGCUAGGCUGUCACGCUCCCCGCUUCGCAAUCAACUGCUUCAAGACUUCUCCCAAGGACUCUUCCGUCGGUGAUGUUAUCGAACCUUUCAUGUAUCCCGAGAUCACACCCCAGAUCCGCGAUACCAUCAAACGCCGCUACGAAAUGCUGCCUUACAUCUACUCACUCGGUCUGGAGAGCCAUCGAUCUGCAACACCGCCACAGCGCUGGACAGGAUGGGGCUACGAGACCGAUCCCGAAGUCUGGACCAAGACACUCAAGGCAGGCGAAGAUCAAUUCUGGUUCGGUGACACCGUCCUAGUCGGCGGCGUUUACAAGACCGGCAUCGAUGUCGCAAAUGUCUACCUUCCUCGCAAGACUGGCGUCUUCGAUUACGGCUACGUCAACAUGAACGCCCCAUACCAGUACCUGGCAUCUGGUCAAUGGGCCGAGAUCUCAUCAGAGUGGCAGAAGAGCAUUGCGCUCAUUGCCCGUGUUGGUGGAGCCAUUCCUGUCGGAAAGAAUGUCCACACUCGUGUCCCCGGUGAUGAAACCGCUGCUUCUGUCGGUGUUCAGGAGAUUGACGACUACCGUGGUGUGGAGAUCUUCCCUCCUAAGGGUACUUCGCACGGAACCGUCUUUGCUACCACUUGGUAUGAGGAUGAUGGUAUCUCUGUCCAGCCUGGUACUUCCUCGUACACCAUCAGCUACAGCUCUACUGAGGAGAAGGUGUCUGUGAAGUUCGAGCAGGGUGAGACUGGUUUCACUCCUGCUUGGAAGGACUUGGAUAUUGUCCUGCAUAAUGGUGACCAGCGCCGGGUUGUUUCGAGCACUGGUGACGAGAUUGUGCUUAAGGGUACCGACUCUCGUGGUCGCGUUGUGUAUACUCUCAAGGUCUAA